GCGGCCGCGCGCCCUGCAGCCAUGGCGGGGGCAGAGCCGCGGCUCGGAGAGCACUGAGCAGCGGGCGGGGAUGGCGGAGAAACCUUCGGCGCUCUUCGUGAAGCUGUUCGCCGCCGGGUUCUACGGCGCCAGCUCGUUCCUGCUGGUGGUGGUGAACAAGAGCGUCCUGACCAACCACAGGUUCCCCUCGUCGAUAUGUGUCGGAAUAGGACAAAUGCUGGCCACGGUGAUCGUGCUGUGGGUGGGCAAGGCUGCCAGGGUGAUCACCUUCCCAGAUUACGACCACAGCAUACCUCGCAAGACAUUUCCUCUACCUCUCCUUUAUGUGGGAAAUCAAAUCACUGGUCUGUUUGGCACAAAAAGACUAAAUUUGCCGAUGUUUACGGUCCUCAGGAGGUUCUCCAUCUUAUUCACAAUGCUGGCUGAAGGAUAUUUGCUCAAGAAGAAAUUCUCCAGGCCCGUCCAGCUGACGGUAUUUACAAUGAUCCUUGGGGCUUUCAUAGCUACAAGCGAUGACUUGUCCUUUGACCUGCAAGGCUACGUGUUCAUACUCCUGAAUGAUGUUCUGACUGCAGCCAACGGAGCCUACGUUAAACAGAAAUUAGAUGCGAAGGAGUUGGGAAAAUAUGGAUUAUUGUACUAUAAUGCAUUAUUUAUGUUCGUUCCCACCCUGCUGCUGGCUCUUGUGAUGGGAGAUAUGCAGAAGGCGGUGGAAUAUGAUGGCUGGUCAAACAUGUUUUUCCUCUCCCAGUUCAUCCUCUCCUGUGUCAUGGGUUUUGUUCUGAUGUAUUCCACUGUACUAUGUACCCAAUACAACUCUGCAUUAACAACUACCAUUGUGGGGUGCAUCAAGAAUGUUCUGGUGACAUACAUUGGGAUGGUGUUCAGUGGAGACUACAUUUUCUCAUGGACUAACUUCAUAGGUUUGAACAUCAGUAUUGCUGGCAGCCUGGUGUACUCCUACAUCACGCUGACGGAGGAGCAGCCCAGCAAAACCAGCGACAACGCCAAGCUGGACCUCAAAGGGAAGGUGGUCGUGUGACACACACUGGAUUUUAGAGUUUUAUAUUGAUAAAUGGGGAAAAAAAGAGAGAAUUGUUUUUAUUACAACUUUAAUUUAAAAGUAUUUUAUCAGAAAAAGCAUGGGGUGGGUUAAAAUGACAUUCCAGAAACUUCCACCGCGUCUUUUUUACGGAAGUGGAGCCACGUUGUCAUCACGCCUUCCUUGCUGCUGCCGCCAUGGUUACGACACCCUCCAAUGGGAUUGUAGGCAGAUUUUUAGAUGGUUUUUAUUUUCAAAUAACUUUGAUGAGGUACUUUUUGAGUACUGAGAACAAGGGAACAUGGAACUGGUGUUAUUCAUGUUCAAAGUGUUUUUGUGUUUUGUUUUUGACACUUCACAAUUCUGUCUUUGACGAUGUUUUGUUUCUUGAAUGCAGAAAUGAACAGCUGGAGCACAAGUGUGUACAGACACGUUGCAGGGAAAUUAAGUAAUGGUUAUUUUAAAGGCGUACGCAUUUUUAUUGCCUUCUCUGUUUUGCCGUUUACAAGGAAUGUAACUUUAGAGGCCUUCUGAGCUCAGUGAGAUGCACUGACAUUUUCUGUUGUUCAGUCUUUAACCUUGAACUUUAUUUGUGCAAAUACUGUUGUAAACGUAUUACAAAUAGACAGUACUGAGGUGGUAUCACCUUUUAAUUCAAACAACCAAAGUGGGUGAGCAGUGACUUCAGGUUAGUAAAAGUCAGUGGGUUUAACGAUGUUACUGACUUCUUUUUUUAGCGGGAGAUAAUUUAAGAAGACCGUUUACAUUUAUUUCCAUUAGUAUCACAGAAUAUGUUAUGUUUUUGUUUUUGCUUAUUAUCACAGGUUCUAUCUAUGUAGAAUUAAAAAGCAGUAUGUAUAGUGUGUAAGCAAGAAUGCAUCGUGAGCUUUGUUUGCUUUUGUUUUAUUUCUGCCCAUUUCAUUAUAAAUGUUUUUUUUCUUUUUUUCAAUUUUUAUUUGACACAAUAUUCUCGCACUUUUAACUAAGGUAGCACCUGGGAAAAGGUGGAAACAAUCUUUCACCUGCUGUUACAUUUGCUGAGAAGACUCAGACUAAUGUCGUUUCCUGAAACAUAACUUUCAGGUUUUAAAGUAUUACAACUGGUCCUUGGAUAUUUGAAUGGUUACGAUAUUAAUGACUUUUUAACUGUUUUUCCCGAUUUCUAUAUGCUUCAGUUUAUAUUUAUUACUUGUUUGUUUCUUGUUUUUUUUUUAGGCUGAGUCCCUUUGUAGGUAAUGUGAACUGAUGAUGCUGGUAUAAUUUCAAACAGUAAUUUGUAGCCGAAGAACAAUGAUGUAUUUUUACAUUAAAAAAGAACAACCGUG